CAGCGGAAGUAAACAACACAGCGUCUACUUCGCAGUAGCUGAAACGCAUUCGGCAUUCGCAACUCAACUCACUGACUAUGGCUGAUGUUGAGGAGGAGAAGAAGAGGCCUGUCUUCAGUUUUAAGAAAGUGAAACGAAGACAGGCAGUCAGACAGCAAAAAGAUGAAAGUGACAAUGAUAAUUCUGCAGACUCGGAUAAAAGUGAUGGAAGUGAUGAUGGAAAUGUUGCAGUAAGGCAGAAGGAACGAAAGAGAAGGGGCAACCCAAUGGUUCAGUCUACCAAACGAGUCAAACUGGGGGCAAGCAAGAAAGAUCAAAGUUCAUCGAGUGAGGAGGAGAGUGAUGAAGAGCCUGCUAGUGCUGUGACAGUAUCCUACAAAUCUUCUAGGACAGGGAAAAGAGAAGGUCCUGAAGACAUGGGAGCCACAUCUGUUGUAGAAAUAGACACACAGUCGGACAGAGACGCUCAGGCUGUCUUUGAGCGAAGCUUGCAAGUGCAGAAGGACUUGAAAGGAAUGGAAGAGGACAAGGUUUACAGAGGGAUCAAUAAUUAUCACCAGUACUAUGAGAAGAAAGAUUCCGUACAGGGAAAUGCUGAAAGCGGAAAGAACAGAUUUGGGCCAAUGAGAGCACCUGCGCACUUGAGGGCGACAGUGAGAUGGGAUUACCAGCCAGACAUUUGUAAAGAUUACAAAGAAACGGGUUUUUGUGGAUUUGGAGACAGCUGCAAGUUUCUCCACGAUCGGUCAGACUACAAACAUGGCUGGCAGCUGGAGCGUGAGAUGGAGCAGGGGACCUAUGGCCAGAAAGAUGAAGAGAACUAUGAGAUAAGCAGUGAUGAAGAUGACCUCCCAUUCAAGUGUUUCAUCUGCAGAAAUUCCUUCCAAGAUCCUGUUGUCACAAAGUGCAAGCAUUAUUUCUGUGAGAAGUGUGCUUUGGGUCAGUACAAAAAAAGCAAAAGGUGCUUUGUGUGUGGAGAGGGUACUGGUGGCAUUUUCAACCCAGCGAAAGACCUGACAGCCAAGCUGGAAAAGAUGAAAGACACAGAUGAUGUUGCUGAUCUGGGGAGCGACGAUGACAACACCUGAUGAUCAAUUCUCAGAUCUGCUGUCCAGUGUUGAUUACUUCCUGUUUUUUACUGACCAGCGUAUCAGUCAUCUUAUGCUUUUGCCACAUUACUAUGGAAGAAAUAAUAUUCAAUAAGAAAUAAAGAGUAAUAUUUUACAAAACCCAGGGAAUGUAAGAUUCGGUAUAAUGAAAAUAGGUUGUUUGUAAUCGUUGCUUUUUCGUACUCAAAAUACUUGAAUGGGAAUUAUUGAACCUUUCCAAAAUAUUCUGAGACUUAGUUUGCAUAAUCACCGGUUCCUUUUUAUGCAUUUUUUUUGUAGAUGAAUUGGCUGUACACAUGUUUUUUAAAGUUAUUCAAAUGUUUCUGUAGAAUAUUUUGAUUUCAGAUAUAAACUUGAGCACUCUGAAACCCCAAAGGAUCUUGUAUUGACCCAGUACAUUUUUUACAGCACCCGCAAGUCUGGGGAAAAUCUAUGUCUGUAACUACCUCUGACUGAAUAGCGUUUUGAGGCCCUGUUUAGAUCUUUCUCUGUGAUAAGAUUAAGAUCUUUUUGUAUCUUUAUGAUAGUUUCUGUGCUUAAUUUCUUGUUAAGGUAUAUUUUGAGCAAAAUGUGAGAGGUUUGUUGGGUCAGUACGUAAAUAUCAGGGAUUUAUAUUGCCAUUUGUAAAUAAAGUUUUCAUCCAA